AUGUUAGGAAUGAAGAACCCGGAAGUAGCGCUCUUGGUGGUUGUUCUUCUCGGCCAUGCAGGACUCCAGCCCCACCUGUGCGCCGCAGGUGAGACAAGGAGACUUACGGACUUCCUUCAGCGUUCUGACAGCGUCAAGACGUCGUCAGGACAGGUGUUCAUGUCUCAAGUCGGCUCAGGUGGGCGCCUUAAGGAGCGAUUUCGUGUUAACAACCAACCCGGAAGUGAGAGUGGUCCCCUUAAGACUAAGCACGUCUCACAAGGAAGACUUCCCGUCCAGGUGCGCGCAGGUGACGUGCAGGGGCUGCACCUGAGUCUGUCAGGUGCCGGACAGGUGAGGGCCAUGUGGCUGAACCCCGUUCCCUUCACCGCCCCGUCCGACUUCCAGCCGCGGUGCGUCUACACGGUCCUCCCGUCGGGCGACAAGACGGAAGAACGUUCUAGGACACGCGGAGUCUGUACCGAUCGUCGCGGCGGGGCGAGCUUACACCUACACCGCCGGGAACUUCGGCACGGUACGCUGAACGAGGCCGUGAUGACCUACGCACCCGGAAGUGUUCCUCUUACCAUCCACUACCAAUGCGGCGACCGGAACUACGUCAUGAGUCAACAGUACAACGUCACCGUCCAGCCAACAACAAUGCAGAAAACUCAAGAACUGCAGAAUAAGCGCAAAGUGAACUCUUUAAGAAAAUCGUCUUCCGAGACGUUUUCCAAGGCGUCACCUGGGCUCACCUAUGCAGGCGGUGAGAGAGAGGGGAAAGUGGCCCUGAUCGCGGACAUGGGAAUAGAGGAGGACUCCUUCACAAUCAAGUCCUUACUGCACCAGGCCGACCGUGGCGAGUUGGACCUUGUCCUGCACGCGGGGGACCUCAGCUACGCGGACAACUUCGGGACGACUUUCGGCAGCGGCGACGGCAACAACUCCUGGGUAUGGGUGCAGUACAUGACGUCACUGCAUGACGUCACCGCCAGGGUACCCUACAUGACCUGCCCGGGAAACCACGAAGCGCAGUUUGACUUUGCCGCCUACCGGAACUGGCUGCACAUGCCGGGGAACGAGAGCGGGUCCUCGUCCCCAUACUACUACUCGUUCGACUACCUCGGAGUUCACUUCGUCGGCAUCUCGACGGAGCACGACAUGCGCGGAAACUCCUCUCAACACAGAUGGUUGGAGCAGGACCUGCGGACAGCCGACCAGAACCGCGCCCGCACCCCCUGGAUCCUGGUGUUCGGCCACAGACCGCUCUACUGCUCCUCGGCCAUAUUCUGGUCAACCAGGUGUACGACAGAGGCCCGCGAGUUCCGCAGUGACCUUGAGGAACUGUUCCGGCGGUACCACGUGGACGUGUACGUCUGCGGGCACAACCACCAGUACGAGCGGUCCUGGCCGGUCUCAGGCGGCAACGUCACCGCCAAGAACUACCGCAACCCCGCCGCUACCGUGCACAUCGUCUCCGGGGCCGCAGGGAACCCCGAGGGUAACGACCCCACGUACGUGCCGGAGUUCCUGGUGCCGUGGCGCGCCGGCUACUCCCUGUCGCUGCAGACGGGCUGGACGCUGAUGGAGGUCAACUCUACAGCUCUCGCCUUCUCCUACAUACACAGCGCGGACCUAGCCAGGAUGGUGGACAGCUUCACCAUCACAAAAACUCAGUGAAAUCGUUAUUAUAGUCCAACCUCGGUAGCUUUACUCUACACUCUCGCCUUCUCCUACAUACACAGCGCGGACCCAGCCAGGGUGGUGGACAGGUUCACCAUCACAAGAACGCCGUGAAAUCAUUAUUAUAGUCCAACCUCGGUAGCUUUACUCUACACUCUCGCCUUCUCCUACAUACAAGGCGCGGAACCCGGCAGGGCGGUGGACAGGGCUCGAAAUACUUUUUUCUGCAUACCUGCACUGGUGCAGGUAACAUUGAAAAUUACCGGACAAAUUUUACCUGAACCACUCAGAAAUCGGGAAGCAUGGAUCAUACUAAAAUUGUUCAGUAACAAUUGAUAUUAUUCCUUUAUACUUCAUAUGUGCUACCAGUCAGUGAAUCUAGUAAAAAAAUCCACAUAUACCUACAUCAUAGGACAUUGG